AUGAAGGAGGAGAACUUGUGCCCGGAUUCACCCGAGGGCAGCGUGGACGAGGAGGAAGAGGAAGGCGAGCGCCAGCCUAAGAAAUGCCCCCGCAAGCGGUGCCAGGGGGGCGAGGAGCGGGGGGUCCCCUCGCCGCAGGGCAAGCGGAGCAAGCGCAGCCCCGCGCCGCAGCCCGUGGAGGACGCGCACACGCAGCGCGUCAUCGCCAACGUGCGCGAGCGCCAGCGCACCCAGUCCCUCAACGACGCCUUCGCCGAGCUGCGCAAGAUCAUCCCCACGCUGCCCUCCGACAAGCUCAGCAAGAUCCAGACCCUCAAGCUGGCCGCCCGCUACAUCGACUUCUUGUACCAGGUCCUGCAGAGCGAUGAGCUGGACCACAAGGUCGCCAGCUGCAACUACCUGGCCCACGAGAGGCUCAGCUACGCCUUCUCCGUCUGGAGGAUGGAAGGGGCUUGGUCCAUGUCGGCGUCCCACUGAG